CGAAACUGGGGAACGAGGAAAGAGGAGUGAACAAGGCGAGGAGGAGGAGGAGGACGGGUAGAUAGCUAGGUGGGCUUUUUUAUGAAAGGACUGCCAGAUUUUUAUAAAUCCACUCCGGCCUACGGAUUUCCCACCUUCUUUACAUCUGUUUGAAUGGGUUCGAUAGAGUUAACGUAAAGUGAAAGGCGAACAGAGAAGAUCCGCGUUGGUGGCAGUGCGCACGGGCUGAAACGCCCAAAUUUAGACCAGUUUGGGAUUACGGUGACUUCCCAGCGCUUGGAAAAAAAUCACAGUAUCUGGAGCCUGUUUCGAUAGGCCGAGACCGCAACCACACCAUCGGACUUGCACAAAAAACACAAAGUGUGUAUGGAGCAGUGUGAGAAUGCCGCGUCUCUCUUGGCCUCCGUGCGUGAGCAGGAGAUGCAGUUUGAGCGUCUGACUCGAGCUCUGGAGGAGGAGAGGAGGAGUGUAGGGCCCUCAGGCACUUUGCCCCGCCCACUCCCCAACCUGCAGAACGGGCGUAUUCCCGGUGAUGCGGAAUUAGAGAGGCUCAAACUAAACGAGGGAUAUAUUAACGGGACACAGUACAGGAUGUUGGACCCAGGUCAUGUUCUCCAGGAGACUGUCACUGUAGAGGAGGACCCUCGAGACACAUCGCCAGUAAUUUCUGUUGAAACUAGCGACGAUGGCACCACACGCCGCACCGAAACUACAGUCAAGAAGGUUACCAAGACCACCACAACCCGUACAGUUAUUCCCUCAGUCUCUGACACACUUUCCCUGGAUGGAACCGGUUCUGUCACUGGUAUGAGUGGCUAUAACGCACCAAUAGACCGCAUGUACAGGCAGCCAACACAUAUGGACUAUCCAACAUCUACUAUCCCUCGUAACUUCCACUACGGGCCACCAGGGGGUUACGAUGACUACCGCACCGGCCCACCCUCUGAAACCUAUGCCAGUCUCAACCGAGGGACACGAAUGGAUGACCGUUACAGACCUGUGGAUGGGUACCGCACGCUAGACGCCGGUUAUCGCGUCCACAGCAGACCCCAACUAGACCCAUAUGCAGCUCAGCCUCAAGUGGGGCGCAUGGGCAGUGCUCUAGAAAUCCCUGGCCUACAGCGCUUUGUCCCUGAGCCCUACGGACUGGAGGAUGACCAAAGAAGUUUGGGAUAUGAUGAUCCUGAUUAUGGUAUGGGGCCACCUAUGCACUACAGCACCAUGCCCCGGCUAGCACACCAUCCAGCACCUCCACGUAGGACAGGGUCUUAUGAGGGCACUCUGGAUGGGGAUAUGAGUGGAGCAGGAGAUAUGUACUUUUGGGGAGGAGGAGCUCCUCUGGCUCAAGGAGAGAGGGGCAGCAUGGCGUCGCUGGACAGCACUCUACGAAAAGGCCCUGCCCCUGCAUCAUGGAGACAGCCUGAACUGCCCGAGGUCAUCGCCAUGCUCAACUACCGUCUGGAUCCGGUCAAGAGCAAUGCUGCUGCGUACCUCCAGCAUCUCACCUUUAAAAAUGAUAAGGUGAAAUCAGAAGUAAGGCGUCUAAAGGGCAUUCCCGCUCUGGUAUCCAUGUUGGACAAUCCAAAGAAGGAGGUGCAUCAUUCAGCAUGCGGAGCUCUUAAAAAUAUCUCAUAUGGACGAGAUCCAGACAACAAGAUUGCCAUCAAGAAUUGUGACGGAAUUCCUGCUCUUGUCCGGCUACUAAGGAAGACCAGGGAUCAGGAUCUCACCGAUACCAUCACAGGCACGCUGUGGAACCUUUCAUCCCAUGACUCUGUGAAGAUGGAGAUUGUAGACCAUGCACUACAUGCACUGUCUGAUGAAGUCAUGGUGCCACACUCAGGCUGGGAGAGGGGGAAUGAUGGGGGAGAAGAGAGCUGCAAGCCUCGGCACUUGGAGUGGGAGACAGCCCUCACUAACACCGCUGGCUGCUUGAGGAAUGUGAGCUCAGAGAGAAUUGAGGCUAGGAGGAAGCUGAGAGAAUGCUCCGGCUUGGUGGAUUCGCUCAUGUACAUUGUCCAAUCCCAGAUUAACUGUAAAGACGUGGACAACAAGCUGGUAGAGAACAGCGUGUGUCUGUUGAGGAAUCUGUCCUAUCAGGUGCAUCGGGAGGUGCCAGGCUGUGAGCGCUACCAGGAGACCGCACCUGUAAACCAGGGUCCCACCCCUGCCAAUCAGAAAACUGGCUGCUUCAGCUCCCGCAAGGGCAAAGACGAGUGGUUUUCCAAAGGGAGGAAGGAUGAUGAUGGAACUUUAGACACAAUUGACAUUCCAAAGAGGACCACACCAGCCAAAGGUUAUGAGUUGCUGUUCCAGCCUGAGGUGGUUCGUGUGUACACUUCGUUACUGAGGGAGAGUAAGAACCCCUCAGUUCUGGAAGCGGCAGCAGGAGCCCUACAGAAUCUGUGUGCAGGCCGCUGGACUUAUGGACGCUACAUACGGGCAGUUAUGAGGCAGGAGAAAGGGCUGCCCAUGAUGACUGAGCUGUUGGCUCAUGGGAACGACCGUGUGGUCAGAGCUAUGUCUGGCUCCCUUCGAAACCUAGCUAUUGAUGCUCGCAAUCGUGAACUGCUAGGUAAGCAUGCAGUGCCAAACCUGGUAGCGAAUCUACCGGGUGGCGGGCAGAGUCAGCCUGUGCGUGCUCUCUCUGAGGAGACUGUGGUGUCAGUGCUGAGCACUCUGGCUGAGGUGGUGGGCUCCAGUGUGGAUUCUGCCAAAACCCUGCGCAGCUCACAAGGCAUUGAGCGACUGGUGCUCAUUAAUAAGGAAGGUAACCGCUCCGAUCGGGAGGUGCGUGGUGCUGGUCUGGUGCUGCAGAUCGUAUGGGGCUUUAAAGAGCUUCGGCGCACGCUGGAGAAAGACGGCUGGAAGAAAUCUGACUUUGUUGUUGGUGUCAAUCCCCCUAAUAACACCCGCAGCAAUGGCGGGUACGAAGACAGCAGCACCCUUCCACUCAUCGACAGAGGUGGGAAGCAGGACAGAGAUAGAAACAUGAUUCCACUAAAUGACAUGGGAUCAGAUGCUUACACUACACUGGAGCACAGAGGAAGAAGGAACACUAUGGAUGAUACUCUAGAGCCUGCAGACAGUGAUACAGCUCAGGGAGGGAUGUAUGGGGACAGGCGGGGCUCCUUGCCCUUGCUGGACUCUUAUGAUGGUUAGGCCACUCCCCCUCCCCCCCACUCAGUGCAUGAGCGAGCAUGAAAAACUGAUAGUGUGCAUUACUCGUGGCGAGCGCCCUCUUCAUGCCUACUGUCCCUGCUGAGCCUCUGAUCUCAUCAUGAAGGGACCACAGCCGCAAAUCAAUAGCGCAGAAAAUCUCUCCCGCCAUCAUUAUUCCUUCUCUGUCUCUCUUGUUCACUCUCUCCUUCUUACUCUUUCUCUCUGAGAUCCAAAUGACUGACAGCCACUACUUGAGGAAGCAAAACACUAUGUUGACCUUUUACUUCUGAUCCAUUCAAUACAAACCACUUUAUUUUCUGUGAAAUAAUGGCUUAACUUACAGACGCAAGGGACUGAAAACACUGAAGAACUGGAAUGGGUUUUUACCAUUCGGAAAUGUCUUCUUCAUAUGUACUUUUUUUUUAUUGUAGAAUGCAUUGUUUAUGUUGUCCUUCUACGAAGAUGGUUGAGAUCAAUUGGGAGACUUCUGCAUCAUGACCUGAGAGUCCUUUCACUACAGUAAUCUUUGGGACCUUGUAUAUUAACAACUACAGAACGGUUAAGGGUAACACAAACGAUCCAAAUUCUUCCCACCACUGCAUUUGUCAUCGUGUCACCCUCCUUGUAUCUUUAAACACUAAUGACCUCAUUGUUAUCUUGAUACUGAUGCGUUUCAGAUUCUUUCAACACCUUACUUUUUUCCUUAGAAAUGUAUGUAGCGGUAAGAGCGGUCAAGGAUUACAGUGGAUUUCCACUUUUUCAGUGAUCAACAUUUAUGCCAAACUGCAUUACUGUCCUGCAUUAUUAUAAGAAAAGUAAUUUGUAUAUACAAUAUUUCAUGUGUGUCUUAUAGAAGAAGUGUUUGGAAGGGAACAGGGGCCAUUUUGUAAUUUAAGCAUUGUCUCACAACCACUUAAGAUUUCCUCCUACCACUUAAGCUUUUGCAGCCCAUUUUUCCAUUGUUAACUUGUUGACUGUCCUGGGAGUCUGGGGAAGAGGCAGAGAUGUGAAUUACAGAGUGAUAGUUUGAAGGUUAAUGUUUAAUGAUGGGAAGAGAAACAUUUUCUUGCAUUGCAAAGAUUUUUUAACGUGGUUUAUAAACAGUCAACGCGAGUUGUUGGGGAAUUGACCACUUUUAUCCCAAAGCUCAAAUUCCUCCUUAGGCAGGGUUAAUAGCAGAGUUGGUGCAAUAUUCGUAAAGCACCUCAGAGUGAGAGAGAGCUCUGUCUGGAUCAGUUUUGGGUCUGUGAGUGAGUAGAAUGGUUGGAAUAGCAGAAUCUCUGAUCCUACAGAAGCACUGCCACUCUGAGCUUAGGCCCUUGGACCAGUUCUUGCUUUCUGUUGUAUCCUAUUGUCUGAAUAUAGAUGUUUGUGUAAAUAUGUUGGCAUCUAACAAAUCCACCAUGCUUACUCGGAGUGCCUCGCUCGCUGAUCAGUCUGCUUGGCUUGUACGUGUGAGUGUGUGAGUGUGUUGGUGUGUGUGUGCGUGUGAGAGAGUCUGAGCGUUGGUUUCAGAAGAGUACAUAGGGGACAUGCUUAGGUUUAGGAGUCGGGGAGUUUGGCUGUUAUUCAGCCUCUCCCCUCCAGUGCCUGUUUGUAUUGGGAGUGAGUGAUCGAUUAUUAAAGAUGCAUUUUGGGUUUUGUUUUUUUAUGCGACGAGCAUGAAGCUCGCGCCUUAGACUGCAUAUUCGAAAUGCACAGUGAUUCUGAUGUAGAUAUUUGCUGAAUUGAUUCUCUAGCACUAGGAGUUAAGUUGUCCCCCCCCCCCCCCCCAACCCCCACCCCCCCUUCUUUUGAACCUGACGUUUUUUUGGGUUUUCCCAAACUUAUGUUUUACCUUUUCCUCUCUAACAUUUUCCCAGAUGUGAGACACUACCGCUAUCUGACUAAUUCAACACAAUUAUGGCUUUUGAAGAGUAAAAGUAACAAGAGGGACGGGACAUCUGACUGUCGUCCAUAGGUUUCAAGAACCUGUGGGCGUUUUGAUCCUGAGGGAAGCGAAAGACUUUUUAAUUAUCUUAAAAUGUCAAAAUUGCAUCUAUUACAGUCUAAAUUGAGGCAGAGCUCAGAUUUUGAUUCUAGCUUGAUAUUUAGAUAAAGAAAAAAUAAAAGCACAUUUAACUAUAUAUACCAGAGAAUAUUUGUUCAUUUUAAUUAUUUUUUUUCCUCUUGGUUGUCUUUUUGUUUUCCCUUUUUUUGUAUUUUAUGAUUGGGGAUCAUUUUGCUUGUUUUUCUGGGGCUGUUGUGGUUGAAUGCAUAUGCAAUCAGUUUUAUUUUUAAUUAAAUGCAUUUACAGUUUAUAUCUUUUAAUUAAAAACAAAACAAGGAAAAAAAUCACGUGUCAUGUAUUGUCAAUUGUCAUACAGUUUAUAUGCAAGACUAAAAUCUGAUCGUUCUGGUGAUAAAAUAUUUCAUCUCUUUGCCUUGGCUCUUAAACAUUGCACCUUUCUUUCAUGGAUUGAACAUGUAACUUAGCAAUACUGUUUUUAAUAAAAUGAUGAUUUUUUUUUCAAA